GGCCUAUUGAGAUCCGUAUUACCGGGUCCCUUUACAAUUUCUUCGUCUUCCCCAAGUAAGGGUGGGAAACAGAGACAUUUUUAUCAACAACGUGAGAGAGAUCGUUGAAGAGACGGGGGGAGAUGUGGGUUUUUAGCCUGAUUUCGCUGCCUAUUACCCUAGGCAUGGUGAUUUUGACGUUGAGGUACUUCGCCGGCCCGGAGGUGCCUCGCUAUGUCCUCUUCACCGUUGGAUACACCUGGUUCUGUUCUCUCUCCAUUAUCAUCCUUGUACCAGCUGAUAUCUAUACGACAAAAUUUUAUCUUGACAAUGGAGGCAUUUCUUUCUUUUGGAGCUUGGCCUAUUGGAGUACAUUUUUACUUACAUGGGCUGUGGUGCCCCUUAUUCAGGGUUUUGAAGAUGCUGGAGACUUCACUGUGACAGAAAGAUUAAAGACGAGUAUACGCGCUAACUUGGUUUUCUAUUUAAUUGUGGGAUCUAUUGGACUUUUUGGACUUGUUCUCCUCAUCUUGAUGAAAAAAAUAAGAAGUGGAAGUAAUGUGCUUGGUGUUGCCAUGGCAUGCUCAAAUACAUUUGGACUAGUUACAGGUGCCUUUCUUCUUGGUUUUGGUUUGAGUGAAAUUCCUAAGAGUCUGUGGAAAAAUGCGGAUUGGACAACCCGCCAAAAGGUUCUUACUCAUAAAAUUGCCAAAAUGGCUGUGAAACUUGAUGACGCUCAUCAAGAACUUUCAAAUGCUAUUGUAGUUGCUCAGGCAACAUCCAAUCAGAUGUCCAAGCGUGAUCCUUUGAGACCGUAUAUGAAUGUUAUAGAUAACAUGUUAUCUCAAAUGUUCAGGGAAGAUCCAUCCUUUAAACCACAAGGUGGCCGGCUGGGAGAAAAUGAUAUGGACUAUGAUACGGAUGAGAAAUCUAUGGCAACACUUAGACGUCAUCUUAGGGGAGCUCGUGAGGGCUAUUGCCGCUAUAAAAGUGAGUACAUGACCUUUGUCCUGGAAGCCCUUGAACUGGAAGACACAAUAAAAAAUUUUGAACAUGGCAGUUCAACUAGAUGGAAAUAUAUUUCCAGCUUCAGACCUGCUCGAACUGGUAAAUUGGGGGCUUUCUUCGAUAGAAUGGAAUUUUUUUGGCGAUGCAUCCUAAGAAAGCAAUUUGAGAAGCUCUUGGCUAUUAUACUGGGUACUAUGUCAGCUGCAAUUCUUUUGGCUGAAGCAACUCUGCUACCAUCUAGAGUUAAGCUCUCACUUUUUUCAAUUCUUAUAAAGUCUAUGGGAAAGCAAGAGCUUUUUGUGCAGGUCUGGGCUCUUAUACCUUUGAUGUAUAUGUGCAUCUGCACAUACUACUCUUUGUUCAAAAUUGGAAUGCUAAUGUUUUAUUCAUUAACACCUAGGCAGACAAGCUCAGUCAGCUUGCUCAUGAUAUGCUCGAUGGUUGCUCGGUAUGCUCCUCCAAUUUCGUACAAUUUUCUCAAUCUCAUCAGUCUUGAUGCUAAAACAAUAUUUGAAACACGGAUGGGCAAAAUUGAUGAUGUUUUAGAGAUCUUUGGAAGUGGAUUUAACAAAAUCUAUCCUCUCAUAAUGGUCUUGUACACCCUGUUGGUUGCUAGUAAUUUCUUUGACCAUGUGAUUGGUUUCUUUGGAAGCUGGAAGAUAUUUAGUUUUCAACCUGAAGUUGAUGAUACUAAUGGAUUUGACCCAUCAGGAUUAAUUAUCCUACAGAAAGAGCGAACUUGGCUGGAACAAGGACAAAGCGUGGGUGAGCAUGUUAUCCCACUGGCAAGAAACUUUAACAGUGUGGAUAUGGAGUCUGGCAGCAAUAAUGCAGAUAAGACUGCUGUUGAAAUGAAGGCAACAAAUAGUUUAGUCACUGAUGCUGCAGAGGGAAGCACAUCAACACCUUCAAAAGGAGGCGGCCGCAGAUACAGCACCACCAAAGAAGCUUUUGGCAACAAAUAUGGUUACUGGAGAGAACAAAGUAGACAUGCCAAUAUUAGGCCUGUGGAGAGCAACAUUGCCUCUGCCAAGGUGUCAUUGCUUGAUGGGGGCAACUCAGAAUCCAACGACACACCAGGAGGACCAUCUGGUUUGGCAAUAAAAUGGGAAUCAAUGAAGAAUGGUUUUCAAAGAUUUAAGGCAAACAUAGGGGCCAAAAGAUUUCUUCCUUUACGCCAUAUCCAGGAAACUAAACUCGUCUCCCGCAAUUCAUCAUUCGAGCCUCUUGAUGAAAUAUUCCAAAGAUUAAAACAGCCAUCCAAUGACCAUGGAAGUAACAGCGAUGAUGAUGUGAAUGGGCUGAUAUCAGGCCCUGGAAGAUAACGGUAGAUUUGUCCACAGAAUAGGAACACAUGGUUGUUAUAGAAAUUGAAACACAAAGAUGUACAGAUAAAGAAUGAUGCUCAGCGUCCCUGAAGAUUUUUCCUGAAUUUGGGAGGAUGCGAUCUGCCAGAUGGAGACCUCAUACAUACAUGAGAUGAGAAUUGAGAAACUCGGAUGAUAUCGUCGCAUGGAAGGAAAAACACGAGGGGAGAAAAAAAUAUACAUUUAUGUUCAUGAUUAUUAAUUGACCACCUGUAGGAGGAACUUGGUAUUUCGAUUCCAUCUGUAGAAAACAUUAUUCACAAUGUUUGCAAUGCUUUUUUAACAUUUUUUUUUUUGUUUACAGAUUGGUGGAUAGGUUUAGUGCCUUUGCCGACCAAUGUUGAGAUUAUUUCUAUAUAUUGAGAUUAUUUCUGUAAA